CAUUCGGGCACCGACAUCGGCGAUGGGCAGGACGGUCCUCGUGGUCUUGUGGAGCCUUCUUGCCGUCUCGGCCAUGGCGGCGUGGAACGCGCUGGAGCAAGCGAGCUUGGCGGCGUGCCCCUGCGCAGAGGCGUCGCUGUGCUUGCCGGUCGCAUCCGGCCGCCGCUUUGAGGUGUUUGCGUUCUCGCCGGCUGCGAGCGACAACUGGCGCUACUACGACUACUCGGUGCUGACGACGAUCGCGUGGAACCUCGAUAAAGGCUUGCUCUGCCACGCGCACGCCCAUCGCGUCAAGAUCGUCGUGCUGCACAACUUCGAGCACGUCGACCAGCUCUGCAAUGCGAGUGCGCGCGAGGCGUGGGUGCACGCCACGUACACGGCCAUCGUGACCAACUACGCCGACGGCGUCAACGUCGACACAGAAGCUGCAAUCACACGCCACGACCACGCCGCCUGCUUGACGCUGCUACUGCAAGAGCUGCGCGUCGAGUUGCAGGCGCACGCGUUCACGCGCCACGCCCAGAUCACGUUUGACGUUGCGUGGUCGCCGAGUGGCAUCGACCAGCGCUACUACGACUAUGCGGGCCUCGCCGCCGCCGCCGACUAUGUAUUUGUCAUGGCGUACGACAUGCGCAGCCAGCUCUACGACCAUUGCCUCGCCGGUGCCAACAGUCCGAUCGCGCAAGUCCAGCGCGGCCUUGACGACUACGUCUACGGUGCCAAGGUGCCCAAGGCCAAGCUCCUCCUCGGGCUGCCCUGGUACGCCUACCAGUACCCGUGCCGCCACUACGACCCGAUCGCAGACCUCUGCUCGCUCUCGAUGGUACCGUUUCGAGGCGCACCCUGCAGCGACGCGGCCGGUUCUCAGCUCGACUACCGCGACGUCAUGGCGCAGCUCCAUACCACGAAGCGCCGCUGGGACAACGUUACGGCGACGCCGUACUUUGUCCAUCGCAACGCGACAGGUGGAGUGGUUCAAACGUGGUACGACGACCCCGAGAGCCUCCAGGCCAAGUUUGCCCUCGCCGCGGACCUCGGCGGCCUUGGCAUGUGGCAUGUCGACGCCCUCGACUACUCGGGAAAGCACACGCCAACGGCAUCGACGCGCGCCAUGUGGCAAGUCCUUCACGACGCCGUGCCUCCAACCACGAUCUCAAUCCUCUCGGACCCCGUCGCGUUCGCAUAAACAAUGCUGCCGAGUCCGCAACAACGUCCCACACUCUCUUUUGUCG